AUGGAGGACACGGAUGCGAGAGACUCCUCUGAGGGACAGCCGGCCGCCUAUCCCCCGACUGCCCGAACGGCUCCCCGGGAUGUCUUGCUGGAGCGAAUAAGCCGAGUCCGCACCAUCAUGAGAGGACUCGAGUGUCAUCUGGGAGAGCUGUACGCAGAGAGCAACUACGAAUCCGAGGAACACAAAGACGAAGGCCUGCAGUACAAGUACCUUCAGGCGAUGCUUGGCAUCGAUCUGGCGAGAACCCGGCAGGAGGAGAUCCUGCUGGAGCGCCAGCUCAUCCUACGGGAACUGGCUGCCGGACUGACGUCGCAGAAGAACAUGGAGUCGGUUCUGGCUUCGCAGAUUUGGCGCUUUGCCCUGGCUGGGGGCGAUCUCUGGCGCAACUUGCAGCAAAGGCUUCAAACUGAGGAUCCGUCUCUGGAUAGGCAAUCCGGUGAAACGAUAGGCAUCAGGAAGAAGAUGGUGGCGCUGUAUACGGAGAACGAGGGCCAGGAGAGUCGAAAGCGACCAUUUUUCUGGGAAUUGGAAGUGCUCGAGUACUAUUCUGCCGACCCGCGGUGUUACGGGAGAGGCAAAGACCAGGGCUGGUGUCACAUUACCGGGACGUGGUAUCCAAAGCCUCCGAAGCCAACGGAGAUUGUCCCCUUUGGCAUGGAUGCGAACAAGCUGGCGGAGCUUGUCUUUAGGUCCGGCAUCACGUCGGUACAGUCGCCUGCCAACACAUUGCUGCUGCGGCCGGGCUUCCACCGCUGGCUGAAGGAGUACAGGUUUGUCAUUGUACCGGCCAGCCGUUGCUUCGAUGGCACGAUUACGCGAUGGAGACUGGACGUCAUAUGCCCCGACGAGAAUGACCCCCGAUCCAUGACCCAGGACAGCAUGGGGUGGGAGUACGGCAAGGAUAUAGACGGCAGGGAGCUUUCGUUCUUGGGCGAGAACCGGCCUGACGCAAAGUUCCUCUACUUUCACUUCCUCAUUGCCCUCAUCCGCAUCAAGGACCUGAGACGCGAGAACUGGUCCCGUGUUUGGGCCCGGUACUAUCAAGAGCAACCAUUUCCGGCGCCCAGCAACUACAUGAGGAAGUCUGUCAUUCGGGCGUUGGCCACGUAUUUCUCAGUUGCGGACAUGAGUAUACUCGAGAGCUUGGUCUACCGUUACGGAUUCGAAACCUACCAUGUUCAGGAUGAGUUGGCGAAGAAGGAAAUUGCGCGACGCGUACAUUUGCUUGUUCUAGAAGACUCUGGCAAUUCCGCGGACACUGAUAUCGAUGAAGGCGUUUAG